AUGGCACAUGCUCGUAUCUCAGCCAAACUGCCCCCCGACAUUGACCCCACUAAAGCCCCCAUUGCUUUUGGGGCGAGGGCCCUACCUAAGCUGAAUGAGGAGUUACAGUCCCCUGAGCUGCUCACCCGGCAGAGGGCAUUGAUGGCCCUAUGUGAUCUGGUGCAUGAUCCAGAGAAUGUCUACCAAGCAAUAAAACUAGGAUUCCUGGAUAACCUGAAAUAUUUGCUUCUAGACCAAGAUAGCACUGUUCGAGAAAAAACAACUGAAGUCCUUUAUAUAAUGGCUACUCAUAAUGUUGGCAGGGAUGGCUUUAUAGAAAAUGGAGUCAUUCCUGCCCUGUCCCAGCUCUUGAAUGAUCCAGUGGAUAUCUGUCGGCGAAACAUGCACCGGGCAUUUGAAAUAAUGGCAGAGUUACCGGCGGGUGCUGUUGGCAUAGUGGAAAGCAGUUUGAUUUCUUCACUUGUCCUUAAACUGAAAACUGAGCUGGAUGAAAUCCAAGAGUUGAUACUGGACACACUCUCUGGCUGCCUAUGUGUAGAGGCUUUUGAAGCUCUUGCAACAGGCGCUGUUCCCAUUCUGAAGGAAAAGCUCACUCAUCCAUCAGUGGCCAUCAGGAGCAAAGCUGCCCGUGCCCUCUUGGGAAUUAGUAUCCCUCUGGAAGGAAAAAAUAUUGUGUGGGAUGAAGAGGUUAUCCCAGUGCUGGUCAGCCUGUUGGAGGAUUCAGAUCCUGAGGUCCGAGCCAAUGCAGCAGGAGCCCUGAUGAAUGCCACCACUACGACCCAAGGGAAAUAUGCAGCCCUUAGUGCAGAUGCCAUUCCACCUUUACUGAAGCUGGUCGAUGAUGAAACCAGCAAAGUACGCUUGAAUGCAAUCAAAGCCCUGACCAUGCUGUCUGAGGCACCUGAGGGUCGCAAGACACUACUGAACCAUGUGGACCUCUUUCGAGGGCAGCUGAAUGACUCCAGUGAGGCUGUAAGCAGAGCAGCAAAAAUCGCCAUCAAAGUCAUCGAGUGGAAACCUUAAACCCAGGGCAUCAUAAAGCAAUAAAAUAGCAGCAAAACCCCUGCACAUUGUGUGACUCAGACUUUUUCUUAAAUGUUCUGUAUUAAAUUCCUAUCUGUUUUAGCAUAUGAAGAGUUUUACUUCACCUACAACUGCUCCUCAGUAUUUCUGCACGUAGAAAUUACUCCAGCAUGGCCAUUCUGUGCAACUAUCUUUUACCUGUGAUAAGUGAAGGUACUAUAGCUGGGGGUUACAUCCCACCCUGUACCUUCUCUGUCCUUCUACAAGGCACCAAACUGAAUGGCAUGCAAUGUUGCCAUCCCUCAAAUUGGACACGAGCAUUCUAGAACUUUGAAACAUUCUCAGGGGUUCAUUUUCCCCAGAGCUCAGUAGCAUUUUGUAAAGGAGACCAACCCCUCACGCCCUCUCAUUGAGCUCCUUGGCAUAAGCCAAAUGGAAUCAACCUAUCUUGGAGCACCUUAACAUUCCCUGAAAGAUGUCACACCUUCAGAGACCCCUAGCAUCUUCUGCAGGGACUGCCUAAUCCUGGAGCUCUUUGAUGGCUUAUGCUUCUCCAGGUGAUUUUUCUGUGACAUCUCUUGAGUGGAAACUACCAUCCACUAUGGCAAUAAGCAUCUUCUGAAGGCUCUAUGCCUUCCAGGAUCUCCCCGCUGUUCUUUGAUGGAACCUAACCCUUUCUUGAUAGUUCUGUCCAUUUUCUGAAGAGGGGGAGGGAGGCAGGUUACAUAGAUACACCUAAUUGGACAUUAUUCAGCUGAUAAAGCCCAACUUUUCAGUACAAACAUUACAGAUGGUCCAGAAUCAACCCUCCAGAACCAAACUCAGUUCACACUUUUGGAGGGAGGAGCACCACAAUCCAGAUCCAAUCCAAAUUUUGCAGCUAGCCCCAUCCUAUUAUGGGCCAAAUCGAACCCCCAGAUUCAAACAGUCUUGAAAUUUGGUGGAGAGGGAUUUAAAUUUAAAACUGAACUUCAUGGCUUGAGCUCAUCUGUAAUAACCUUCUGACUCUCGCAACACAAAACCCCUUUGGGGUGUCUAGCACUGCUGGUUAUACUAAUACUCCCACACCUUGUGUUCUGGGAGUGCAAACACCAAGAUUCUAGCUGUCCCCUGUGCAGGCACACGCUAGGAGACUUCCGUGGAUUGACUUGUCCCAAUUUACAUACCCAUUAGUAGCCAAAAAUCUGGCCCCACAUCUGCAUGUUUGCAGGCAUGAUAUUUCCUAGUGAUCUGUUACCCUCCAUUAUGUUAUUUUAUUUUAUAUUAAACAGAAUGAGAGCUCCAGUUCUCUUUCCAGGUUGUUCUGGAACAGCUCCUACUGAAAGGCCACUUAUCAAACAGCCUCAUCUUCAUGACAGGUCACUUGCAGAACAUUGAAAGAAACCGCUGUGCAGCCUAGAAAUCUCCACUGGAAAAAAAAUAUUUGGAUAUCAGGAAGUUCUUCUUUGAGCACUGGUCCCUAUGGGUAGUCACUAUGAGUGUGUGCACACAGUGUGCAUCUGGGACUGGAAAUUCUUUAACAGCAGUGUCUGUUACUCAAUGCCUAUGCCCUGUGCCUCCUUGUGAGGGCAUAAAGGGUGGCACAGACCAACCCCACAUCCCCAGUUCCUCUUCUACUGCUCACAGUCUGUGACAGAACCUCCUGUGUCUGUUCUUCUUGUCAAUGUUCGACUUUGUUGAGUCUAACUAUUGAAAAUAAUAUUCUUAGUUAGCUUAGUUUUAGUGCUAGUUAGUUAUUUGGGGAUUGGAGGCUCUUCCUCCUCUAAUUCCCCCUUUUUUUCUACAGGGCAUCAAUUAUGCCCAAAGUGCCUGGCUUUAAACCUUGCCUGGCCUGCCCCUGGGUUUUCCCAGUGAGCAACCCUCAAAAUUUGUCUGUACUGCCUUGGGGAAACUCACAUUCCCUUGAAGUGUAGUAUCUGCCAUGCAUUCCUUCCAUGUACCAGAAAAGAUUUCAGGUUCCACAAGCGCCUUAUGUAGCUUUCCAUGAGGCUCCAUUCAGAUCUGGGGCCCUCCCGCUCACCUGGAACCAUCAGGCGGUGCAUCGCCAGUGUCCAGUAUCAGCAGUUUGGAGUCCUCUUCCAAAUACACGACCCUCAUGAAGUAGAGACACUAAACAAACAAGAUCAAAUUUCCCCAGCAGAAACAGGACAAAUCCCCUCAUAUGUGCUCAAAAAAGAGGCCCACUUUGCCCCUUCCUCCAGCACUGCUAGAAGAUGCUGUACCCUGGAACAGACAUACCUGGAGCCCCUACAGAAAAAAAACAAACCCCGCAACAGUAAUGGGAGCUCACAGAUCCCAUGGUACCCCCAGCCCCAAUAAUAGAACACGAGGAGGCCUACCGGACAAAUAUGAGUCAGUACUGUCAUUCCCUUCAGAUAGCCAACAGAGGACAAUCAGUCCGGACAUGGCUUCCAGAUCAACUCCACCUCCCUGUCUUGUCAACAGUAAUUCUAGACCAGGGACCAAUGGUACCCAGCGUGGGGAUCACCUCUCUUCCACUCUGAUCCAUCACAUUGACUUUAAUGGAGCUCCUGGGAUCCAUGCUUCCAGGCAUCUGAGUAUGAGGAUCCUGAGUUCCUCACCCAGCAAGGCAAAAUAGUAAUCUCCAUGGGAGGAGCUGAUGGAGGAGGAUCAAUCAGCACCACCUGCUCUCCAGACAAGGCAGUAUCACCAAUGUCUCCCUCACGUCCAGAUGAUUGUAACCAGUAGCAGACCUUCUCGGGAGAAUUGCAGCACUCUCCAGACUCCUCUGGAGGAGGUCCAGAAUGCAACCCUUAAGCUCCUAGACAUAUGUCAGGCUACAGCUCUUUUUAAAAUGGCACUCAUGAUUAAUGAGGCUAUCAUGGAACCUCCCCGAGUAGUCUGGCAUACAUCUGCACCCAAGCCCCCAGCCCCAAAGCAGGCUCAGAAGCAUUACUUCUUUCCCCCCAAGGGACUGGAAUUUUUGUUUUCCCUCCUUAACCCCAAUUCCCUGGUGAUGCAUAUAGUUACAGAACCAAGUCGGCUAUACCAGCCCAAGUCCACUCCCCCGGACAGAGAUACCACGCAACUACACAUCUUUGGAAGGAAGCUGUUUUUCUUGGCUACCUUAGCAUUCUGGAGAGCAAACUAACAUGCUUUAAUGUCCAAAUAUGACUUUUUACAUUACAAUAAGCUAUCAGAAUUUGUGAACAAGUUCCCUCAAGAAUGUGGACCUCAAUUCCAGGACAUCCUGGAUGAGGGAAAGCUAGUUGCACAAACUUCCCUCCAGGUGCCCCUUGAUGUGGCUGAUGCACUCUAGGACUACUUCGAUAGUCAUGAGAAGAGAUUCAUUGCUACAGGCCUCCAGUUUCCCCAAAGAGAUCCAAACCACCGCUGAGAAUUUCCUGUUUGAGGCUACCAACUUAUUUAGUGACAAGACUGAUGAGUCGCUGCAUACCCUCAAAGACUUUUGUGUUACUCUCCACUCUUUAGAUAUUUUUACUCUGGCACCCUGGAGAAAGUAUCGUAGGAUUCCUCCGCCUCAUCAUCAUUCAUCGCCUCCAUUCUUUUUCCAUCAGAGGACAUAUGAACCUCCCAAGAAGUUGCAGAGGAUGCAAUGGAGUAGACACCCAGCACCACUGCCCUCCUAAGUUCUCUCUUUAUAUGACACUGAAACUUCAGAAUGACCACCUUGGUCUCUAUCUUACCCUCCCUCAUCUCAGUUGUCUGGUUUACGACCCUUGAUUUGAAGGACACACAUUUUCAUUUGGACCUUCACCCAACUUACAAAAGGUCCCUGUGCCAGAAGCACUUUCAAUACAGGGCACUCCCUUUUGGUCUCUCAGUGACUCUAACGGUAUUUACAAAAAAAUUUGUGGUGGUCACCGCAGAUAAGGGAGACUGAGAUUUCCUUACCUGGACAACUGGCUGCUCACGGGUUGGUCCUGCCAAAAGAUACAGGCAAUUACCACAGCCACACUUCAAUUCUUUCAUUCCCUAGGAUUUCAAGUCAAUUUAGACAAGUUCAUAUUAACAUCCUUGAAAACCAUACAGUUCGUUAGAGCAGACCUGAACUUUACUCACAGCAAGGGCCUACUUACCUCUGGACUGAUUCCUAGCCAUGAAGGCUCUCAUCAGCCAGCUUCAUUUCAGCCCUCCUCCUACAGCCUGAUCUGCUUGGUUCUGUUAGGCUACAUGAUGGUAUUCUCCUGUGUCACUCCUGCAUCUGUGAUGUCUUCAUAUCUGGUUAUGGACAAUCUAUGCCCCAAGCAGGAGCUCUCUAGACAAGAAGCUCUCUCUUCCUGAAGACAUACUGACAUUGGUCACAUGGUGGGAAAAGAAAGAGACAGUAUGUGUGGGGGUCCCUUUUGUUCCCAUACCACCUACAAAGACUCUUGUCACAGAUGCCUCCCUACUAGCAUGGGGGUAUCUCGAUGGCCAGACAGCCUGAGGCUCCUGGUCCCCACAGGAAUCCAGACUACAUAUCAACCUUAGGCUUUGAGCAGUUCUCAAAGCAUGCAAGACAUUCCUGCCCAUCUACGCCCCAUAUUCUUCAUAGAAAUAUUGUUAUAAUAUGAUUAUAGAAUAUCUAAGAUGUAUUUUUUGCAAGAUGGGUCUUGUGAGAUACCAUUGGAAAGGUUAUGAUUUACUG